UAUCCGCUGACCCGAAGCAUUGCAUGCGCAAUUUCCAAGAAAGGCAGACAAAAUUUGUGGCCACUUUCUGCCACUUUGUGUCUUGGUCGUUUGUGAUAACACCAUUUAGUCAAAACAUCGCAUAUAGACGGAAAGAAGAGCAUGCGAGGCUUAACUUUUUAUUAAAAUUACGCAAUGGAUAGCAAAGCGCAAAAGAGAAUCGAGGUUGCUAAGCGUAAAGCUAGAGCAGAACUAAAAGGAGAAGAUGAGUGGACCAAGUUGAAUCAUGCUGAAAAUUUUGAUACUAGUCUUGGAACUGUUAGAGACAAUGUUCCACGACAGGACUGCAAUAAGAUUUCUAAAUCAGAGUUUGUUGAAAGAUAUGAAAAACCAAGAAUUCCUGUUGUAUUGACACAUACCAUGGAUCACUGGAAAUCAAUGAGAAAGUGGACUGUUGAGAGACUGGCAAAGAAGUACAGACACCAGAAAUUUAAAGUUGGCGAAGAUGACGAUGGCUAUGCAGUGAAAAUGAAAAUGAAAUAUUACAGCGAGUACAUUACACAUCAAAGGGACGACAGCCCACUGUACAUAUUUGACAGUUCAUUUGGCGAACAUGCAGAGAAGAAGAGGUUGUUGAAUGAUUAUGAAGUUCCACGGUUCUUUGCUGAUGACCUCUUUAGAUUUGCUGGAGAGAAGAGAAGGCCGCCUUAUAGGUGGUUUGUUAUGGGACCUCCCCCACACACUGUCCUCUGUUCUUUGAACACGACUCACCGUUUCCUUCUCCGUUUGUCUCCGUGCGAAGGGCUGUGUUUCUCCUUCUCUUUGCACCUGUCACCUUCAGAAUCUGAUGACUCAGACUCCGAGGAUUCACUUGACGAUGAUGAUGAUGAUGANCUAACGCACGUGAAUAGCCAUUGUGCUGCUCAUUAA